GGCGGAGCACGAUGGCAGAGUUUAUGUAACAGCGAACCGUUAUAACCAGGUUAGGUUUGAUUUAGCAGUCCGCUCAGAAGAUUGGAACUGCGACACUUCUUUGCACCCAAAUGGAGGGAAUCUGUGCUCUGUUGCUUGUUUUGUUCGUACCUGCCGCUGUUUCAGCAGGUUCUCACUCUUUGGCUGUGGUUACAACUUACAUUGAAGGAGAGACUCCAUUUCCAGAACUUAGUAUGACCUUGAUGUUGGAUGAUCUCACAGUUGGAUACUUUGAUUCUGAGAUGAACACCCUUGUUCCCCGAGGUCUUAAAGACCAGGAAGAUGAUGGUGUGAUUGACCCAGAGAAGAUCAAGAUCAUAAGUUCUUCAAUGCAAACUGACUUCAAACAGAGACAUUUAUAUUUAAAACAUGAGUUAAAUUAUACUGAAAGCAUUCAAGUUCAGCAGAGGCUGGUGAUGUGUGAAUUGAUGGACAAUGACCAGCCUGGACCACUUAUAAUCAAGAAUGCACUCGAAGGCACCACGCGAGAUGAACUGCGUUUUUAUGAACGCAAAAUUACAUAUAAAAAUGAUUUAAAUCUCACAGAAGAAAGACUGGAAUUAUUUUUAACUUCCACUCAGUGGCGUCAUGAAAAUAUCUACUACCCACUGUGCAUUAAAACACUCAGAGGUUACCUGAACAAGAGAAGCAAUCAAGUGAAAAGGAAAGUGAAGCCCAGAGUGAGGCUCAUCCAGAGAAGACGCUCAGUGUCUGGGUGGGAUGGGGUGACCUGCCUGGCCACUGGUUUCUACCCCCGUCACAUCAACCUGACCAUCUUCAGAGACGGACAGCCAGUUCCUGACCAACUGACCACUGGAGGAGACCUGCUUCCCAACGUAGACGGGACCUACCAGAUGAGGAAAAGCCUGGAGCUCAGUGAAGAGGAGCUGAAGAAGCACAGCUACACUUGUACAGUCACCCACCUCAGCCUGGACAACAAGCUGGACGUCCCUUUGGAUUUUGAUCCAGGGGAGCCCAUCGGGCCUAUCGUUAGCUCUGUGGUGGUUGCUUUGGUCUUGGUGAGUGUGAUGAUGGCCGUCAUCUGGAUGAUAAAGAUACGCAGGAGAAAGCAAAGAGCUUCAUCUCAGGGGAAGUAUUCAUCAGCUUCCAGUACAGACGAAAGUGAGACUUCACUGGAUGAUACUAAAAAGUAAUUUGAAGACUUAUAUCUGACCAAUGGCUCUUGUGAACGAGAACUUCAUCUUUUUAUAUAUCAUUAUCUUAAUUAUUAGACAUGCUGUUGGAUCAAAACCUUGUAUCUC